CAAGCACAGUGAUUGUAGCAAGAAACAUUCAUGUGGCAAACGGACUUUGACUGGGGACUUGGAAACAACACACAUUCAGUCUGUGCCUUUGCUUAUACAGGAUACAUAUAAAAUAUUUGUUUGGCUGCAAUGGACCAUGGAGCUGCACCUUGGCUCAGACCGUCUCAAGGCAGGCCAGAUGCUGGGAUGGAUCAUUGGAGGGGGAUGUAUCCUCAGGGAGUUCCUCACCAAUUUAGAAACAGCAAAUAUGGAUAUUACCCUCAACCACAUGCAAGAAAUGGUCAGCCCCCAUGGCCAGCCCCUUGGACAGACUACUAUUCCCAGCAUGCAACAGCUGCACCUAUGUAUGAAAAUUGGGGUCGCCCAGCCUCUCAGAUUGAGAUGACUGAAAGAAGUGAUACGAUCCCCUAUAGGCCGCUGUCCAGACAGGGAUAUGAUGAAAGAUAUGUAUUUUCUCAAAAUACUGGUUGGGGAAACAAUACCAACGCAGACCAUUAUUAUGGCCACUCCCGGGCUAUGCCAAGAGAAGAAGAAUGGCUGCGAGAAACCCAAAGAAAACAUACUGAACAGUGGGCCCAUAUUUCCCAUACUGAUUCUCAGAACUGGAUUCAAGGUUAUGGUGAUAGCUGGGUCCUAAGGCAAGAACAAGACAGAGAUGUGCAGGACAAACCUGAGUCACAAAGUUCAACAGCACCUAGUCUUUUAUCUCAGUACCGAGACUCUGGGAUGUCAUCCAGCAGCUAUGAGCUAAGCCAGUACAUGCAAGACUCUGAUCCCUGGAACACAAGGCAAGGAGAAGAGAUCUCAGAAUGCACUCCUCAGCCAACAGCUCCUUUCAAAUUUUCUCUCCCUCACGUUACUGUGUGCUUUGGUGCCCGAGGGCAUCUCGUCAGAGUGUGCCCCAACUUUCCAGACGAGGGACAGCCAGCACUUGUGGAGAUACACAGCCUUGAGGUCCUUCUUCAUGACACAGUAGAACAGGGGGAAAUGAGGAACUUUCCAGGCCCUGUGCAAAGGGAAGAUUUACAUAAAGUGGACAUUAUCAAGUUUUGCCAGCAAAAUGUGAGUCAGUGCCUCAAGAUGCAGGAGAAUAGAAGCAGGGAUGAAGCUCUGCUAUGGCAGAUACUCUUGCAGAUGUGUCGGCAGAACGGGUGUAUUGCUGGGUCAGAUGUGGCAGAACUUCUGCUAGAAGACUGUAAAAUGGAAAGGUACCAUAGAGAGGAACAAGGUGCCAACCUCAUCAGCUUAAGUGAAGACCCACAACUGAUACCAGGCUGCUUCCAAGCUGAUCUUUUAACUGGGGAAACACCAUCUGCCACAGAGACCUAUGCAAAAUCUGUGGAGAAAUUUACCAAGCUGCUGUUCUUUGGCAGGAAAAAAGAGGCAUUAGAUUGGGCAAUGAAGGCUCAGAUGUGGGGACAUGCCUUAUUUCUAUCAAGCAAAAUGGAUCCAAGAACCUAUAGCUGGGUCAUGGGGAGGUUCACCAGCACGUUAGCUCAGAACGACCCCCUGCAAACACUCUUCCAGUUUAUGGCAGGGAGGAUACCCCAGGCAGCUACGAGCUGCGGGGAUCCCAAGUGGGGUGACUGGAGGCCUCAUCUGGCUGUUAUUCUGUCCAAUCCAGCUGGAGAUUCAGAAACAAAUCAGCGUUCUGUUAUUACAAUGGGAGACAAUUUAGUUCUCAAAGGCUCUAUAGAGGCUGGUCAUUGCUGCUACCUGACAGCUGGAAUUGCUUAUGGCCAUAAACGUGAAUAUUCAGAUCAUAUUGUUUUGUUGGGAAGCAGCCACAAUGAGACUUUUCAGAAGUUUGCCAGCUCACAGAGCAUCCAACGCACUGAAAUUCUGGAAUAUUGCCAAUGCUUGAGGACAUCCAUGCACUGUAUACCUUCCUUUCAGGUGUAUAAAUUGCUUUAUGCUGCUCGACUGAUGGAUUAUGGGUUGACAUCUCUAGCUUUGCACUACUGUGAGUGUAUUGCCUCUGCAGUCCUGGCUCACUCUGGAUCUGUGGUACUGAUAUCAGAGCUAAUCAAGCUAUCAGAUCGUUUGCGUUACUCUGACCCACGACUUCUGGACAAACCUGAGUUAGAACAAAGCCUGGAUCCAGAGUGGCUAAGUCAGCUUAGGGUUCUUUUGAGGCAGUUACAGUUGAAUGCUUCUGCAACAAGACUAACCCCUGUAAAUGAAUCUACCCAAGAUAACAAAGUGGUAGAUGCAGAUCCUGUCAAUCGCAGUGCAGUAUAUCCGAAUGAAGAAAUGGCUUAUCCAAAUUCUGAGGUAGAGAAUUUGGAGGCCGAGGCGGAAUAUGGUCUUCAGAGUACACCCCAGUUCCAAGCCACUGAACCUAAUGAGGUUCCUAAUUAUAGCUUAGAUGUUUCUCAGCCAGUUCUGAGUGUUGAAGUACCCCAGCACAAUUGCACCCAUGAACAGGAGCACCAGCAAGAAAGCACAGCCAUGGAAAGCCUAUCACAGUCUGUUUGCCAGAGCAGCUACAUUCAUAACAGCAACCUUUCUGUGCAGUGCCCAUCAGGAAGGAUUAGGACUGUGUCAGAGAGCUCCACUGUUUCUAUGGAAGAAGAUAAUGGGGAGGAACAAACAGAGGACCAAGCUGUAUCUAAGGAGUCUAUUGACAGAAAGAAGGGCUCUAGCUUUGGCUGGUUUGGGUGGUUCCGUUCAAAGCCAUCCAAAGAAUCAGCAAUUCCAGCAAAAGUAUCUGAAACCAAACCUGAGGUGAGCCCAAAUGCAGCCAGUCUUUCAGCUUUACAGCCACCACUUACCAAAAGCAACCUCUUCUCCAGAGGCACAGGCUUAAAAGGUAUUGAAGAGCCACAGAACAACAAUAGCAAUUCAGUAUUAUCAGAAAACCAAGGUCAUCUGGAGAACAUGAUGAGUCAAACACAUCCAUCAUCUGUUCCUGAAUGGCAAACUAAUCAGCCCUCGGGAGCUGUACCCUUGUAUAAUCCUUGGCAGUUUCCUUUGGAUAGGCAAACUGUAAACAAUCCCAAGCGCCUGAUUCAAAGACGGUACCCGGUACAGCCCCAGUGAUACCAACUUCAGAGAUCACCAUGGACUGCAAUAUAGACAUUUUCGAAAAAGAAUGUGCAAUGAUUUUGUUGUACUUGACACAGCAUAAAGAACAAUGGGUUUUAUUCUAUAAAGCUAUUAAAUUAUGAUUAACAUUUACUUUAUAUGUAGCAUUCAAAAUGUUUCAAGACACACAAAAGUACCAAAGAACUUCUGCAUGUUUUACCAUGCAGAAGAACCUAUGUCACAUUACUACAAUAUAUAGGGAAAUUAAACCCUCCUUUUUGCAAAUAUGGUACAGGUAUAUACAAAUUUUAAAAAGCAAUUAUUUUUACCCUUUACCAUUUUAACUUUGCUGUUUUGACCAGAAGAAGCAGGAUUGCUAUUAUUUUUAAAAAUUGUUGAGUAUAUAGAUUUAUUAUUUUCAUAUUCAAUUGGGCCAGCUAAAUGAUACAUUUGCCAGGUACUGUAUGAAUUCUGAAAAAGUUGGUUGUUUCUUUAUUUGUUCUUUUGUGCCUGCAUGUAUUAAUUGAUUCUUUUAUACAAGAUGGCACCCUAGCAAAUACACUGCAAUGCAGGCUGUGCUGCAAAAAUCACAUCUUAUUUCAGUGUAUUUAUUCUGUGGUCUAAUUUAUAAAAUAUAACUGUACUUUGACCAACCAAUUAAAUAGAAGUGCUACUGUAUUAAAUUUAAAUAAGGAGCCUACCAGAUACAUCAUUCAGAAUGUAUUAAAGUUAUAUAAUACUAAA